AUGAGUACUUUGGUGGAAGUGACCCUUCUGGCCCCUAUCACGAACUCCGAGAAAGUGAUUUAUGUUGGAUUCAACUACACGGACCACUGCCUCAAGCUGCAAGUCAAGAUCUCCAAGGAGCCCAUCAUUUUUAGCAAGUUUUCCAGCUCCAUCGUUGGACCCUACGACCCCAUCAUCCACCCGGCAGAGAGCAAGGAAGUCACCUGGGAAGUGGAGCUCGCCUUUGUCAUUGGCAAGAAAGGAAAACACAUCCAGGAGGCGAAUGUCAUGUCCCAUAUGGUUGGAUUCACCAUUGCCCAUGAUGUCAGCUCCAGGGACUGGCUGACAGAAAGAAAUGGCAACCAGUGGCUUUUGGAAAAAAUACUUGACUAG